GAGGAGGAGGAGGAUGCAGAUGAGGAUGUGGACGAUCAGAGUGGACCAUAUGAUGAUUACGGUCCAUUCAGUCAGAGGCUUGAUGAUGUGUAUGAGACGCGUAGGGUAGACGUGCGUAAGGGUAGAGAUGGUAGAUUUGUUAGUAGAUCUGGCACAUCAUCUGCGUCCACUGUGUCUGCGGUUAGCAGAAAACGGUCGAGGGCCGUUAAUGAUUCUUGGGUGGUGAGGGGCGAGGUGGCUGGGGGACCUAUAGACGGGAGUGUGAUUCCUAGCUUUCUAGGACACAUCGCUACCCGUAUUUGGGAGGACCAAGAGCGGGCUUUGGAUAGCGGCAUUUUGAAAUGCCAAACCCGGGAGAGGACUUGUAACUUCUUGUGUAGUUGGGCUGAGGCUUGGCCGGAGGAGAGCGAGAUGGUCGGCCGAUUGAGGGGCACUAGAGUGAGCCACCUUCCUACCACCAUGCAUGAGAGGAUUGACUCGACGCUGAUCACGGCUUUCGUUGAGCGAUGGCAGCCGGACACGAACUCUUUCCACCUUCCGUUCGGUGAGAUGACGAUCAUGUUGCAUGACGUCGAGGCCAUCCUUGGGAUUCCCGUAGAGGGAAACCGAGCAUCUGUUGUCACAGAUGCGGAUCAGGCAGAUUUAUUGGCGGAGCUGUUGGUGGUGGAUAGGGCUGCGCUGUACACAGCGGCACUUGGUGUGUGGGAUCACGGCGGUGUUAAGAUCGCAGCAGUUUUGCAGCGAUGUUUGCACCCCACUUCACGUAGGACGCAGGACACACAGCUGGCUGCAUAUGUUUUUCUUCUUCUCGGGUGUACCUUGUUUCCGGAUAAGAGCGGAAACAAGCUCAGGCCACGCGACAUAGUUGACGCGUGUGAGCCCGACAGAGUAGGCCAGUUUUCUUGGGGGUCGGCUACAUUAGCGUACAUGUAUCGCCAGUUAGGAUUCUCGAGCCGGGCUGAUGCGGCAGGUAUCACUGGAUGUAUGACGUUGUUACAGACGUGGAUAUACGAGUAUUUCCCGGCGUUUCGACCACACCGCGACCCGGUUCCUAUUGGGGAUGGCCAGCCACGUGCCUGUGCGUGGAGUCCGCGUGUCGAGAAGAAGUCCAUUGACCGCCUGCGAUCGAUACGGUUAUUGCUUGACAGGAUGUCCCCAUUAGAGGUGAACUGGAUGCCUUUCGGCCAGAACCCUAGUAAUACGAAAAUUAGAAUCCGAAAAUUAAAUAAAUGGGGAUAA